GUAAGACCCAAUAUAAGGACGAAUUGAUUGGUUGACUUCUGUAGGCGUUUUUGUCUAAGCAGUUUUUGCAGCCGUUGCACAUUUAUUUCGCGAUUUUCUAGACUAGAUUUUUAAAGGAAAAUGUUUUCUUCGAAGUUAUCAUGUCUGCAAAGAAGCUUGAAGUUGGGGAAUAAUGCAAAGGUAACCUGGACGCGGCCACUCAGCACAUCCGUUUUCUCUCUUAGCCAGACAAAAUGGAAUUGGACUGGAAACGAGACCCUGGAACAAGACGACCCAGAAAUCAAUUCUUUGAUUAAACAAGAAAAAGACAGACAAGUCAGAGGACUGGAACUGAUUGCUUCAGAGAAUUUUGCAUCUCGUGCUGCCCUCGAAGCGAUGGGAUCUUGCUUAACUAACAAAUACUCAGAAGGGUAUCCAGGUCAAAGGUACUAUGGCGGGACAGAAAUUGUUGACAAAAUCGAACUUUUGUGCCAGAAGAGGGCGCUAGAGGUAUUUCGACUUGAUCCAGAAAAAUGGGGAGUGAAUGUGCAGCCCUAUUCAGGUUCUCCAGCGAACUUCGCCGCUUACACAGCAGUUUUGAAUCCGCAUGACAGAAUCAUGGGUCUGGACCUUCCUGAUGGCGGACAUCUCACUCACGGUUUCAUGACGGACACGAAAAGAAUCUCAGCUACAAGUAUUUACUUUGAGUCGAUGCCUUAUAGAUUGAAUCCCAACACAGGUACAAUAGAUUACGACAGCCUUGAAGCGAACGCAAAAUUAUUUCGACCUCGUCUGAUUAUCGCUGGAGCAAGCGCUUACUCAAGGAAGAUUGACUAUGAGAGAAUGAAGAAGAUCACAAACCAACAUGACGCAUAUCUCCUUUCUGACAUGGCACAUAUUAGCGGACUAGUGGCAGCUGAUUUAAUGCCUUCACCGUUCGAACAUUCCGAUAUUGUUACUACGACAACACACAAGACACUAAGGGGCGCUAGAUCUGGACUCAUUUUUUAUAGAAAAGGUGUCCGAAGUACAUCAAAAAAGACGGGAAAAGAAAUCAAGUACGAUUUGGAAGAUCGAAUAAAUUUUGCUGUUUUCCCAAGUUUACAAGGGGGCCCUCACAACUACGCCAUAGCUGGCGUUGCUGUGGCCCUCAGACAGGCGAUGUCGCCAGAGUUCAAAGAAUACCAGAUUCAAACAAUGAAAAACGCAAAAGCGAUGUCAGAUGCAUUGCAAUCUUUGGGAUAUAAUGUGGUAUCAGGUGGCACAGACAAUCAUCUUGUACUCGUUGACCUUAGACCUAAGGGAAUCGAUGGGGCACGAACAGAAAGUCUUGAAGCAGCGUCAAUAACAGCGAACAAAAACAGCGUUCCGGGGGAUAAAAGUGCACUCAUACCUGGAGGACUAAGGCUGGGCUGCUCCAGCGCAUGA